AUGUCUUCUAAAGUUGUUGUUUACGGAGGUUCCGGCCAUUUAGGUGCCGUUUUGGUUUCCUUGUUCAAGAAAAACAAUUGGGAAGUUACUUCGGUAGGUACUCGUCCAAAUUCGGAUGCCAAUCAUAACAUCGUUGUCUCGGUCGAAGAUUCUUUAGAAGUUCAAGGCGAAAAGGUUUUAAAGCAAGUAAGCGAGCAAUUGCAAAGUGGAGAGAAGUAUGACGUAAUUCUAAAUGUUUCCGGCGGAUUUACCAUGGGGAACACAUCCUCCAAAGGUUCGAUGUUCCAAGUCGAAGUUAAUUGUCAACUUGUAGAGAUUAACCGUGAUUUUCUUUUGGCAGAUUUCCUAAAGAGCGCCGAUAUAAUGAUUAGCAGGAUUCUUUAUUCUUCUCUGGUUUCAGCACAAUUGGCGGCACAUCAUCUAAAAAGCGAAGGACUUCUUACUCUGACUGGUGUUGCACAUCUCAAGGGCACACCUGGUUAUAUUGGAUAUGGGGUUGCAAAAGCCGGAGUCCACCAGCUAUUUCAAAGUUUGGUGAAUAAAGGAAGCGGUCUACCAAAGAAUGUCAAAGUUACAGCUCUCCUGCCGUUUGUAUCUUCUGAUUCUAGCUCAUUACUUCUGGUUACAGUUUCGACCUUUACCCUUACUUGUUUCUUUCUACUUAAAAGUGAGAUGAUUGAUACUCCCCUUAAUCGACAAAUCAUGCCAAAUGCCGACUUUUCGAAUUUCACUCCCAUGGAAGAAUUAUCCAAUCGAUUAUAUGGUUGGGCUUCAGGUAGUAUUCCCGUGAAUCAUGGAACAUUAUUAGAAGUUUCCACAAAAAAAGGAAUAACCACCUUUACCGAAAUUUCAAAAUCCGAAUGA